AUAUUUGCAGUGUGUUAUGCUCACAUGAUCCAAUUUCUCUCUCUUCCGGAUUUUGAUGUUGAGAAUAGUUUGCAAUUGUAAUGCAUUUGCUGAAAUAAUAUUUCCAUGGUCUUUUUGGGCAAUCCUAUUUGCCGUGAAGAUGGUAACUGGAAUUGAAUUUGUUGAAUGGGAACAUUUAUACUCUGGAUGAUGAGUGAUUACAAUGUGGAAACAAUAAAUGAUGGGCUCAACGAAUUCAACGUCAAGUUUCAUGGUCCCAAAGAAAGUCUCUAUGAAGGUGGGGUUUGGAAAAUCCGGGUUGAGCUUCCAGAUGCUUAUCCAUUCAAGUCUCCUUCUAUUGGAUUUGUGAACAAGAUAUUCCAUCCAAAUGUUGAUGAACUGUCCGGUUCUGUAUGCUUGGAUGUUAUUAACCAAUCAUGGAGUCCAAUGUUUGAUCUCUUGAAUAUUUUUGAAGUUUUCCUUCCACAACUCUUGCUUUAUCCAAACCCUUCAGACCCCCUAAACGGGGAUGCAGCAUCGUUGAUGAUGAAGGAUCGAAAGCAAUACGAUCAAAAAGUAAAAGAAUACUGUGAGCGAUACGCGAAGAAAGAAGACACCACAAAAUCCACAGCUGACAACGAGACUGACGAUGACGACAUAACUGAUGAAGAAGCCGGAUCGAGUGAUGAUGAAAUUGCUGGACAUGCAGAUCCAUAGGUUACCUCAUAAGAUAUAUGGCUUCUAUGAAUUAAACAUCUGAUAAAACAGUGAUGAACACAUUCGUUUCAUAGAUAAUAAUAGAAGUGACGAGUAAAGUUGGUGACUUCAACAUGCUAGGACCCAACAGGAAAAAAUGGCAGUAACUAUUGAUACAUUAAAAAUCAAAUAUUCUUACUAAACACCAGCUUGUAUCUUCUUUCCCUAUAGAUUCUGUGCUAGGUGAAUACAUUGUCUUGUAAUUGUAUUUGUAUAUGCUAGUAUUUGAUUACAUUUGUUUUAACUUUAAGCCGAAAUGAACAUUUAUUUAUUGAAUUCCUAUUUUGAUCAA